AUGCAGGACCGCACCCCCAGCGCCUCCCCGGACCUGGGAAAGCACUCGCCCCUGGCGCUACUAGCCGCCACCUGUAGCCGUAUAGGCCAGCCGGGAGCCGCUGGGCCCCCGGACUUCCUGCAGGUGCCCUACGAUCCCGCGCUGGGCUCGCCCUCCAGGCUCUUUCACCCGUGGACCGCCGACAUGCCCGCUCACUCACCCGGCGCGCUGCCGCCCCCGCACCCCAGCCUGGGCCUGACGCCGCAGAAAACGCACCUACAGCCGUCCUUUGGCGCGGCGCACGAGCUGCCGCUCACACCCCCUGCCGAUCCCUCGUACCCCUACGAGUUCUCACCCGUCAAGAUGCUGCCCUCGAGCAUGGCGGCACUGCCCGCCAGCUGCGCUCCUGCUUACGUGCCCUACCCUGCACAGGCGGCGCUGCCGCCAGGCUACUCCAACCUGCUGCCCCCGCCGCCCCCACCGCCGCCGCCCACCUGCCGCCAGCUGUCCCCCAACCCGGCUCCCGACGACCUCCCGUGGUGGAGUAUCCCGCAGGCGGGCACCGGUCCGGGGACUUCCGGGGUUCCGGGGGGCGGCCUCUCCGGCGCCUGUGCCGGGGGCCCCCACGCACCUCGCUUC